UUGUCAGUCUUACUUAGAAUGACUUUGGUCCACUCUAUCUCCAGGACCUACAUUUCCCACCACCAUGGCCACUGCCGCAUGGCCUGAGGAGGAGUUUGUGUGCUCUGUCUGUCUGGAGACGCUACGUGACCCUGCCACGUUGCCCUGUGGUCACACGUACUGCCUGCCCUGCAUCCAGGGGCACUGGGACCGGAAUGAGGCCAAGGGUCAGUGUAACUGCCCCCAGUGUAGACAGGUCUUCACCCCACGGCCCUCUCUGGCCAAGAGCACAGUGCUAGUGGAGGCCAUGGAGAAACUGAGGAGAAAGGGCAUCCAGGAGCAUCCCUACCUCUCCAUCUCGUCUGCCCCACCAUCCACGCCUGUCUACCUGGAGGUGUGUGCGGACACAGGCCUACGCCAAGGGGGGAUGUACCCCCAGCUGCCAGUCGUCAGCCACAGGCUUUGCCCUCAACACCAGCGGCCCCUAGAGCUCUACUGCCAUGACGAUAAGGAAUGUGUGUGUGACGAGUGUGGUCGUCAUGGACACAAGGGCCACCGUGUGGUUAAGCCAGAAGAGGAGAGGAAGGAGAGAAAGAGGGAGCUAGUUCCGAUGCAGGCCGAGACACAGAGGAGGAUCCAAGAGAUGGAGAAGGAGCUCAAGGAGUUCCCACAAGCUGCCCAGCUCCACAAAAGCUCAGUCCAUGCCCUACAAAAGGAGGGUGUAGAGCUCUUCUCUGAGCUGGUGAAGAGUGUGGAGCUGAUGAGUACCGAGGUCGGGGAGCUGCUUUGUACCUAUGAGGCCUCCAUGGGCAGCCGGUCUGAGGGCCACAUCCACAAACUGGAGCAGGAGCUGGCCCAGCUCCGCAGGAAAGACCAGGAACUCAGCAGACUGGCCAGCAUGCAGGAUCACAUCUGCUUCUUAAAGAAUUUCUUCACCCUGGAGCCCCUCACACAGAAUGGGGGCAGAGAGGGGUUAGGGCUGGGUGAGGAGGCCCUUGUGUCUGAGAUUCAAACCGUGAUGGAAGAGCUAAGAGAUGGACUAAAGGAUCUCUGUAAAUCCAGCAUGACCAAGCUCUUCCGAACUGUGAAUGAUGCCACUCUUAGUCCAUCUCAGUUGUUCAGUGGUCAAGCUGCAGGGAACGGAGCAUCUACUGACAACAAUCAGGUGGCUACACAAAACACAGCUUCCGGGGUGCCAUCAAACCCUCGACUGAACACAGUGAACCAGGUGACCACUGUUAGUUUGGCAAACCCAGAGCCAAAAACCAGAGAAGAAAUGCUCAAAUUUUGCUUAAAUCCGACAUUCGACCCCAACACUGCGUACCGCCACCUGAAACUGGGUGAUGGAGAUCGUAAAGCCACUCUGAAAGCAGAGAAGCAGAACCAGCCGGAGCACCCCGACCGUUUCAUCUACUGGAGACAGAUACUGUGCAGGGAGCCCCUGGCUGGAAGCCCUUACUACUGGGAGACAGAGUGGACGGGCCAGAAGAUCACUAUCGGCGUGGCCUACAGAGACUUGGGCAGGAAGGAGGCUGACGACAGCAGCAGGCUGGGCUACAAUGAGCAGUCUUGGAGCCUGAACUGGUCUGGGACAGGCUUCUCCAUGUGGCAUGCUGGGAAGGAGACCCGGCUAAGUUCAACCAAGGCUCGCAGGCUGGGGGUGUACCUGGACCAACAUGAAGGAGUACUGGCCUUCUACAGGAUCUCCAACAACCAGGCCCAUCUCAUCCACUCCCUCCAGACAGACUUUACUGGCCUCCUCUAUCCCGGGUUCCGCUUCUGGUCAGGGGUUGGGGCGUCUGUGACUCUAUGUCAACUGGACUAGGCUGGCAUCUGGUCGUUCAGAUCCAUUCUGUAAGCCAUGAGAAGGAAGUCAGCAAUGACAAUACAGUGCUCAGUGCUUAACAACAGUUUAUAGAACUGAUAGGAAAGUUCCAGUAGGAGAUGCUGAUUUGCUGAUAGCUUGUUCCAGCCAUAUCUCAGCUGCUGUCCUAUUGUCAUGUGCCCUUUUGGAUUGUGAGCAUUAUAUUAAAUGCAUGAUAAAUAAAUAAAAAAUAAGCAUCAACAAAGUUGAUUCAGGUGAAUUUGAAUUGUUUUCAAAAUGCCAGUAGUAGCUUUCCACAUAGGAAGAGCAACACUGGAAUACCUGUCACUCAUUUGCCCACCGUUUUUAUUUUCUCCCGGUUUGAGAUAAGAUUUGGCCCACCAGCCCAUAAUGCACUGUCAUGACAAUGAUCUUUUGAGCUUACAGUGCAUUCUGAAACUAUUCAGACCCAUUGACUUUUUCCACAUUUUGUUACGUUACAGCCUUAUUCUAAAAUGUAUUACGUUUUUUCCUCAAUCUACACACAAUACCCCAUAAUGACUAAGCAAAAACAGGUUUAGACAUUUUUUGCUAAUUUAUUAAAAAUUAAAAUGGCACAUUAACUAACUGUGGCAAUUUGGACACACCUCAAGAAAACCUCAAGGGUUUUUCUUCAUUUUUACUAUUUUCUACAUUUUAGAAUAAUAGUGAAGACAUCAAAACUAUGAAAUAACACCUAUGGAAUCAUGUAGUAACCAAAAUAGUGUUGAACAAAUCAAAAUAUAUUUUAUAUUUGAGGUUCUUCAAAGUUGCCCCGAUUUGCCUUGACAGCUUUGCACUGGUACUGUAAGUAUUCAGACCCUUUACUCAGUAUUUUACUUUGUUGAAGCACCUUUGGCAGCGAUUACAGUCUUGAGGCUUCUUGGGUAUGACGCUAUAAGCUUGGUAUUUGGGGAAUUUCUCCCAAUCUUCUCUGCCGAUCCUCUCUAGCUCUGUCAGGUUGGAUGGGGAGUGUCGCUGCACAGCUAUUUUCAGGUCUCUCCAGAGAUGUUCGAUUGGAUUCAAGUCCGGGCUCUGGCUGGGCCACUCAAGGACAUUCAAAGACUUGUCCCAAAGCCACUCCUGCGUUGUCUUAGAUGUGUGCUUAGGGUUGUUGUCCUGCUGGAAGGUGAACCUUCGCCCCAGUCUGAGGUCCUGAGCACUCUAGAGCAGGUUGUCAUCAAAGAUCUCUCUGCACUUUGUGCCAUUCAUCGAUCCUUCUCCUGACUACUCCCAGUCCCUGCCACUGAAAAACAUCCCCACAGCAUGAUGCUGCCACCACCAUGCUUCACUGUAGGGAUGGUGCCAGGUUUCCUCCAGACGUGAUGCUCGGGAUUCAGGCCAAAGAGUUCAAUCUUGGUUUCAUCAGACCCAGAAUCAUGUUUCUCAUGGUCUGAGAGCCUUUAGGUGCCUUUUGCAAACUCCAAGCGGGCUGUCAUUUGCCUUUUACUGAGGAGUGGCUUCCGUCUGGCCACUCAACCAUAAAGGCCUGAUUGGUGGAGUGCUGCAGAGAUGGUUGUCCUUCUGGAAGGUUCUCCCAUCUCCACAGAGGAACUCUAGAGCUCUGUCAGAGUGAACAUCUCGGGUUCUUGGUCAUCUCCCUGACCAAGGCCCUUCUCCCCCGAUUUUUCAGUUUGGCCGGGCGGCCAGCUCUAGGAAGAGUCAUGGUGGUUCCAAACUUUUCCAUUUUAAGAAUGAUGGAGGCCACUUUGUUCUUGGGGACCUUCAAUGCUGCAGAAAUGUUUUUGUACCCUUCCCCAGAUUUGUGCCUCGAAAACAAUUCUGUCUCGGAGCUCUACGGACAAUUCCUUCAACCUCUUGGCUUGGUUUUUGCUCUGACAUGCACUGUCAACUGUGGAACCUUAUUUAGACAGGUGUGUGCCUUUCCAAAUUAUUUACUACAGGUGGACUCCAAUUAAGUUGUAGAAACAUCACAGGAUUGAUCAAUGGAGGAAACAGGAUGCACCGGAGCUCAAUUUUGAGUCUCGUAGCAAAGGGUCUGAAUACUUAUGUAAAUAAGAUAUUUCUGUUUUUAUUUUGUAUAAAUUUGCAGAAUUUUCUAAUCCUCUUUUUGCUUUGUCAUUAUGGGGUAUUCUGUGUAGAUUGAAGAAUAAAAAAAAUGUUUCAAUCAAUUUUAGAAUGCGACUGUAUCGUAACCAAAUUUGGAAAAAGUCAAGGGGUCUGAAUACUUUCCGAAUGCACUGCAUAUUUAGAAAUCUUUAAAUUUGUAGAUUUGAUGGAAUAGUUAGUAUUAUGUUUUACAUCAAAUCACACGUUUCACAACUUUGCUCUUUUUCCCUCUCUCUCUGAUCUAGAUGUUGGAUACAUGUAUGGUGGAAAAAGAGUGCAUCAGUGUAGACUACACUGUAGAGUGUCUGGCCAUUCAGAGUAGUAGUGGUGGAAUUCCCCCAAAUGUCGGACUGAAGUUGGACGAUUAGGCCUGGCUCGCAGCCAGCGUUCCAAAUCAUCCCAAAAGUGUGUGAUGGGGUUGAGGUCAGGGCUCUGUGCAGGCCAGUCAAGUUUUUCCACGCCGAUCUCGACAAACCAUUUCUGUAUGGACUUCGCUUUGUGCACUGGUGCAUUGUCAUGCUGAAACAGGAAAGGGCCUUCCCCAAACUGUUGACACAAAGACUGAAGCACAGAAUCAUCUACAAUGUCACUGUAUGCUAUAGUGUUAAGAUGUCCCUUCACUGGAACUAAGGGGCCUAGCCCUAACCAUGAAAAACAGCCCCAGACCAUUAUUCCUCCUCCACCAAACUUUACAGUUGGCACUAUGCAUUGGGGCAAAUAGCGUUCUCCUGGCAUCCGCCAAACCCAGAUUUGUCCGUUGGACUGCCAACUGUGAUAUAUCACUCCAGGGAACACGUUUCCACCACUCCAGAAUCUAAUGGAGGAGAGCUUUACACCACUCCAGCCGACAACUGGCAUUGCACAUGGUGAUCUUGGGCUUGUGUGCAACUACUCUGCCAUGGAAACCCAUUUCAUGAUGCUCCCAAUGAACAGUUAUUGUUCUGACUUUGCUUCCAGAGGCGGUUUGGAACUCGGUAGUGAGUGUUGCAACCAAGGACAGACUAUUUUUACGCGCUUCAGCACUCGGCGGUCCCAUUCUAUGAUCUUGUGUGGGCUACAACUUUGCGGCUGAGCCGUUGUUGCUCCUAGAUGUUUCCACUUCACAAUACCAGCACUAACAGUUGACCGGGGCAGCUCUAGCAGGGCAGGACUUUUACAAACGGACUUGUUGGAAAGGUGGCAUUCUAUGAUGGUGCCACGUUGAAAGUUACUGACCUCUUCAGUAAGGCCAUUCUACUGCCAAUGUUUGACUAUGGAGAUUUCAUGGCUGUGUGCUCAAUUUUGUACACCUGUCAGCAAUGGGUGUCGCUGAACUAGCCAAAUCCACUAAUUUGAAGAGGUGUCCACGUACUUUUGUAUAUAUAGUGUACUUUAACACCAAACACCCUGACAACCUACUCCCCCUGCCCUCCCUUCCCAACAUGCUAUGCUGGGAAUGAGUUCACUGUUUUUCAAAUCUUGCUGAUCAGUACACCCACCAAGCAAAUCCAACACAAACGCCUAUCGCCCGUUGCAUCAGGGAAGGGUCCCCUGCCGACUACCUGACACUCUCACCAUCUCCCAUUAAAAUACACAAUGAGCAGGUGGGAGCUGUCUGACACCUGAAAACACAGGUAAAGUGUCGUUGCAGUUCAAUGGGAACUACAUGGUCCGGGUGACAGACAAUACCUGUCCCACAUAUCCAGGACACAAAGCCUGUCACUGCCCAGUCCACAGAGGGCAGACAGUGGGAGGUGGGGUUUAUAGGCCGAGUUCCUUUCCUGGUGACAGUCUAGCCAUCCCAUCCCGCUAUCUGUGAACAUCGAUUGCCAUCCCCAAGCUGUGUCUAUGAUUUCCUAUAUGACAGGCAUACUGCAGAUUUAGGCUCCAGAGUGGUUGUAUGAGGACAGAGGAGUUAAGCUUUUGCACAGGGGUAUUGUCAUGCAUAGUGCCAACUGUAGCCAAGGGGGUGCACCAAUCCUGUCCUGGAAGGCAGCAGUCCUGCUGCUUUUUGUAAGGUAAAACAAUUUAAUAUAUCACUGGAGCAUGCUGCUAGAUCAGGUAGUCUAUGAGAGAUUCAAGUUACAACGACUAUUCCAUGGCUGUUAUGUUUAUACUUUCCCUAUUCAAAUACAGUCUGUUCGGUUGUGAGUGGUGUUGAUUCUCUCUGCACGUACCAUUUGUCUAAAAUAGUGUGUCGCGGCAGGUGUGUGUACAGUAUAUGGAAGAAUGCAUACUGUGGUGUAACUGCAUACUGUGGUGUGCUUACUCUCUCCAUCACUGUAACUAACAUGCUCUCUUCUCCAACAGCUAUCGUACUGCUGUGGUUGCUGGGUCACCCUGCCCAUCGGAUGCUUCCUGUGCGACGAACAGAGCCACUACAACACCUUUACCGGCUUUCUGCUCUACGCCACUGACUAAGUCUGAGCUGAAGCUACUGAGGCUACCACACCCCACCACCACCUUCGCCCUGUCUUUAACUCCUUUGCCCAGUCCUGCUUCAGGAAGGGAACCUGGAGCUGGUCUUGAGGCUCUGUGAUGAGAAUGUGAUCAGGGGCCAGCUCCUCCAGUGAAUGUCAAUCAGAACUACAUUCAUCUUUCCAGGACCAGAACUAGGCUCCCCCCAGCUUUGACCAUCCCCCAACAACUUUGGUGUAACAACUUCUUACCCAAUCAAGUUAACAGGUGAUGUAUGCCGUGAUGGGAAAAAUAAAUUUGCAUGUGUUAGAUUAUUUAAAUUUUUAUAAGCCAUGAUUAUACAACAAGUACUUGGUCUGUGUAUAUCUUUUAUAUCUCUCUGUGUUAUUGCAUUACUGUAUUCAUACUAAUAGUAACAUUACUUAAUGAUCCUAAGGGUCCACAAAUAGAGACAAACAUUUACAUGUACUGAGAUGAGUGGGGUGAAAGUACAGCCUCUGCACAAUAAAGAUAAAUGCCAAAUUAGCAUUUUUGAGGGGGAAAAAAAUCUAAAGUCUGUCACUAAAGUGACAAAUAAACACAAACAGACAACUCAACUUGCCUUUGUAUUGCUAUGAAUUCACUCAACUAAAUCGUUACACAUUGAAAGCGUACAUUGUCCUCUUGAGUGAAAUGGAUUAAUUUGACACCACUUUAUGUAAUCUGAUUGUCACGACUUCCGCCGAAAUUGGCUCUCCUGCCUGUUCGGGCGGUGCUCGGCGGUCGUCGUCACCGUCCUACUAGCCACUACCGAUCCCUUUUACGUUUGUCUAUUGGUUUUGUCUUAUUAGUUUCACCUGUGUGUAUUUUAGUUUAAUUAACGUCCUUAUAUGUAGUAGGUUGUCCCGCCCUUGUUUUGUGCGGGAUUGUUUUUGUAUUCAUGUCAUUUGGUGUAGUGCUUGUGUUUUAUUCUCCGGUCUAUUUUUGAUCCUGUGUUGUAUUAUUCACCCUGUGUGUUGGGUUGACCGUGGUUUUUGUGCAUCGGAGAAUAA